AUGACCUAUGAAGCCUUCAAACUGAAAGGCCUUUCUGAACAAGUUCGUAAGGACUUUGUCAGAGAUGUUGGAGUAAGGCUACAAGCCCGCUUGGUCAGAGAAGCUGAGGAAAAUGCCCGAAAGGAAGCAAAAGAGAAAGCUCGCCUGGAAGAGGAGCAACGAAUCAGAGAAGCUGAAGAGAAGGAUGAUGUUGAAGCUACUGCAACUGCUGUUGAGGCUGAGGCAAAAGCAAAAGCCGAAGCUGAAGAAGAAGCACGCAUUGUUAUAGAGGAAGCUGCAAAGGACAAUGUUGAUGCUCUAACUCAGGGGGAGCAAUCCAACUCUAGCUUUUCCCCUCUGGUAUUGAAAACUCUAGAGGAACUGCAAAAGGAGCAACAAGUUGUGAAGGCAAGAUUGGAUCACCAGGACUCCGUCAACAACAAACAUUCAGAACCUGUUGACUCAACUGCUUCAAAGAAUGCCUCCACCUCCAAACCUUUAGGAACUUAG